GGUCACCCGCCGACCGAGUCCACGGAGCGCCGUGCGUCCGGUCUGCUUCCUUCCGCACAGACUCUCCAGCGUCUCUCCCCACUCUCCAGUCUUCCCAUCUCCCCUCCGUGCAGCGGAACUCCGCCCCUCGGCCCAAAUCCCCGCCUCUCCCUCGUCCCCUCCUCCGGCGUCCUCCGGACGGACCGGGGCGGGGUGGGAGGCUCAUAUUUCCCGGGCUGACCUCUUCUUCCGCGGGUAAGGAAGCCCCACCUUUGUUUGGACAGAUCGUUCAGUUGUUCUGCUGAAUCUCACCAAUCGCGAUUUCCUGCGCGGCGGAGUGCUCGUAGGUCUUGACGAGUUUUGCCAAUGGAUCGACUACCAAAUGGAAAGCACAAGGGUUCGAUCAACCGGGCAGGAGUUGUGGUGCUUUCGGAUUCUGACUCUGGCUCUGACUCUGAAGGUUUCGUUGAAGAGCUGACUCCUGUUCACUCCAAGUCAAAUGGGAAGGCUUCAUCUGAGAGCCUAAAAACUGGUGGAAAGGGUUCAUCCUUCUCUAAAGGAGAAGCAAGCCAAGGAAAGGCAUACAGUGGUGGCAAAGGUGGAAAGGGCACUUCAUCAAAUGUAGUUCCUACUAAGUCUGAUGCAGAACUAAAGCUGGAGCUUGAUAUCCCUCCAAAUUCUAGGAUGCUAAUGAAUUGUGAAGCAGCUGAACUGUUGCAAGAAAUUCACGAGCAUAUGGCUAUCUUAUCAGAGGAUCCAAAGAUCAAAAUUCCUGAGUCAUUUGACAAAGCUUUCCAAUAUGCAAAAGAUGGAAAUCAGUUCACCACUGCAAGCUCUGUGAAACAAGCUCUGGAACCUCUUAAAAAAUGCGGUGUUAAUGACGGCGAGAUUUGCAUGAUAGCAAAUAUUGGGCCUGAGACCAUUGAGGAGGUCUAUGCACUGGUGCCAUCUCUCAAGGCCAAGCGGACACUUAACGAAGGUCCAAUCACUGAGAUUCUUGCUGCUCUUGCUAACAUAAAAGCAGCCAAGUGAAUCUCCAAUGGAGCUAUGCAGCCAUGUUGCUGAUCAAGGAACACGGAAACUGCAAACCGUCCCCUUCGAUGUUUUGUGUGUUCUGCAUAAUCAGGUUAUUCUGUGUAUGUAGAAACCGUAGCAUGUGCUGCAUGAACUCCUCUAGGAUGUCUGACUGCUGAAGUGCAUCAGAAUCAGUUGAGUGGUUGAACUAGUCUACUCAGAACUGCUAAGAUACUGUCUGCACUUGCUGCUACUAGCUUGAACAAUGAAGCUGCUGGCUUGUUGCCAUAUGUUGCUUCGUGCCUCUCGAUCUAUCUGUUUGCAUCCGAGUUUAUGCGCAAUUCUCUUUUUUA